AUGGAGACUGAAAAAAUCGAACAGCUCGUGAACAUGGGCUUCCCGGCCAACUUAGCCGCCGAAUCCCUGGCCGCCGCCGCUGGCGACCUCAUCAAGGCCACCGAUUGGCUCCUCAACCACGACAACGGCCGCCCUCCUCCCCCCGAAACGCCGUCGAGCUCCAGCUCCCCCCAGGCCGUCCAGCCCAAAAUCAAUCGAUUCUUCAACAUCCACCCAAAAAAGGACCACAACCCUCCUCCAUUAACCCACCACCGCGCCGCCCCCGCGGAGGAGGAAGACUGCCAGUCCCCUCCGCCGCCGCCCCACCCGAAUAAGCGCCCCAAAUUUGCCCAAAAGGGGGACGAAAAAAUCGCCCAGAAACCCCCGGCACGCGCCGCGCACGCCCCGCUUUCCGAGCGGAUGCGGCCGCGCGACCUCGACGAGGUCGUCGGCCAGGACCACCUCCUCUCUCCCGGCUCCCUCCUCCGGUCCGCGAUCUCCGCCGGCCGCCUCCCCUCCAUCGUCCUCUGGGGCCCCCCCGGCACCGGCAAGACCUCCAUCGCCAGGGCCAUCGCGGCCUCCUGCGGGCCCUCCCUCCUCCACCGGUUCGUCUCUCUCUCCGCCGUCACCGCCGGCGUCAAGGACGUUCGCGACGCCGUCGACGAGGCCCGAAAAACGAAACAAUCAGCCGGAAAAAGAACCGUCCUUUUUCUCGACGAGGUCCACCGAUUCAACAAAGCCCAGCAAGACUCUUUCCUCCCCGUAAUCGAAGACGGGUCCAUCAUCUUCAUCGGCGCCACCACCGAAAAUCCCUCCUUCCACCUCAUUACCCCCCUCCUCUCCCGCUGCCGUGUCCUAACCCUAAACCCCCUGAAACCCCAACACCUCAAAACCCUAAUCAACCGGGCCAUCCACGACCUGUCCCGCGGCCUCCCGGUCAGCCUCAAAACCCCUGUCAAAUUCGAAAUUAACGCUGACUCAUCCGAAUUCCUCUCCUCGCAGUCCGAUGGUGACGCCCGCGUGGUGCUCAACGCCCUCGAGAUCGCUGCCAUCUCAGCCUCUGAAAACCCCCAAAAACUGAAUCCCGACUCGCCAGCUGUCAUCACCCUGGACCACGUCAAGGAAGCCCUACAAUGCAAGCACUUGAAUUACGACAGGGCGGGCGAAGAACACUACAAUCUCAUAAGCGCGCUUCACAAAUCGAUGAGGGGCAGUGAUCCCGAUGCCUCGAUUUACUGGCUGACGAGGAUGCUCGAAGGAGGCGAACAGCCGCUGUACAUAGCCCGAAGAUUGGUUCGGUUCGCCAGCGAGGAUGUUGGGUUGGCGGACCCGAUGGCGCUGACUCAGGCGGUUUCUUGUUAUCACGCGUGUCACUUUAUUGGGAUGCCCGAGUGUAAUGUGGUGUUGGGUCAAUGUGUGGCGUAUUUGGCUCUGGCACCCAAGUCCAUCGCGGUUUAUCGGGCCAUGCAGUUAGCAGGCCGGGCCGUGAGCGAGUCGGUUGGGCAGAAUGAGCCCGACUUGACAAAAUACUAA